AUGAGUUUUCGCACAGUUGACAACCCGAGCUCCUCGUUUCUAAAAUUAUACCCUGCGGCCAGUCCCGGCCAUCCCUUCGGAAGAUUUCCCGCACAGCAGGGUACCGUGGCGACGCUGCGUUUCACCCACGAGGCCACCCAAACCGGCCUCGUUUGGAUGUGGGGUUGGAUGGGUCGCAAGCGCGCUCACCCGAUUCUCGAGGAGCACUUGGAAGCGCAGGAGAAGCAGGUGCUCGUUCCUGCCGCGAGCGACACCACCGCUCUCGGCGUGACAGUGGCAGGAACCACCGAACAGGACACCCAACCACAGAGCAGGCCGGCACUUGGCCAAAUGCGGUCGCGCAAGGCACGGAGUCGCGCAAGGGACGGAGCCGGCAGCGGGUCAGGGGAAGCGAGCCUGCCGCCGGCCGGCGGCUUACUGCGGUAUUCUCUCUCGCCGGAGAUGGUGGACACUUGCGUCCCCACCUAA